UGCGGGAGGGCACGCCCCAGCCAGCCCCAGCCCCAGCCCCAUACUCCCCAGUGGCUGACUGCGCUGGUCUAACCAGUCGGACCAGCUUCAGCUGUCCUCCGCUCUCUCGGUGGCUCCUGCCGGUUCGGUCUUGCAUUCGGUAUGCUGGGAAAGCUGUCUCCCGGGAGGCCGGGGGAGUUCUGUGAUCAGAGGCCUGGCUGAGCCCCCUCCCUGAGCCCGAAGCUCUGCCCCCCUCCCUGGCCCAGGGCUGGGCGUGGAGCCACGCUGGAGCAGCUGGGCUGGUACCUGGAGAGGGGAGGAGCCUCCAGCAGAGCCCAGGAGGAAAUGGUGCUGUGGUCUCGUCCUCAUCUCACCAUCUUUUCCACAAGAAUAGGAUGAUACAUUUCACCUCAAGCUUUGCUGACAUCUGGGUACUUGGAAUACCUUCCCUGCAGUUACCUCACCCAUCUGGCCUAAAGUCUGCUUUAGACCCUCCCCUCCUGUGAUGCCUGGGUACCAAGAGACCAGGAUGCUCCAUUCUUUUCCAAGAAAGGACAAAGGGAAUUCAGAUCAUGGACCUGAGAAUGAAGAAAGAGAUUUAUCUGCUACCUAUAAAUAAGGCAUAACUGGGAGGGUAGACGCACGUGCAUCCCAGGGACUUCUCUGACCUGCUCCACUCAUGGCAAAUACAAUGGGAUUGUAGGCAAAGAAGGCAGGAGGUCCCCAGCCUGCUGCUACACUGUCUGGGAUGAUGGAUGGCCAAGGGCUCCCUGGUCAUCCCGAGUCCAUGGGUUAUCGCCUGGCCCACUUUGGGGAGAAUCUUCAGCAAGCCUCUGGAGACCCCCCAAGGGGAAUCUAUGAGCCUCCGGAAGUUCCUGCACCUUGCAUAGAGCAAGCCUGGGUCUUUGAUCCAACAAACCAAGAUGUUCCCCAAAUCCUGGAUGCUAACAGAAGUCCGCAGACAUUACCUCUGGCGGAACACUAUCUUAGAUCAAAUAGGGAGGCCUCACCCAGUUCCCCAAGAGAACCCCUUCAUUCAGGAAGAGACAGCCAUAACAACUCCACCCAGGUCAUGUUCUGGGCUGGCAUCCUCCAGGCCCAGAUGUGUGUCCUUGACUUGGAAGAGGAGUUGGAAAAGACAGAUGUGUUCCGAGAAGAGCUAAGGCGCUGCAUACCCUCCCCCAUGGAGCUCCCAGACUUCUCACCAAGUAGGCAAGACUCCCAGGACCAGGGCAUUGGCCUAAGGUCCUCACACUUGGCAGAUGACUCCGAGGAAGACAGUAGUGGGCUGGAGGAGGAACCCAGAGGGUUUCCACAAGAUGAGCCCCUUGCUUCUCCAGUGGAGUGGGGGGAAGAGGAAGAGAGCUUGUUCUUCGACAAUCCCCUCUUCCUAGAGAGCCCUACCUCAGUCACUAGUGUUCCCGAAGAGCCUGUUUGGAGCUUCCCAGUACCUGAUAGGGAGGAGGGGACUGAGCAAGUAAGGCUUGAACCAGAGACUCAGUGGACCCAAAGAUUGCUGCUCGAGGGAGGAGGUGGCUCUCAGAACCCAGAGAGUGAGCCCAAUUCAGUGGCUGGGGUAGCUGAUCCUGGUAGGGAGGCUGACCCUUCGUACCCAGUACCCACCUACAAACUACAUUAUGAGUCUUGGGUGAAACAGGAUUGUCUCAGUGUGCUUGACUCUGACUCCAGUCCUCUGAUGGUAGAGGAGACCUUGUCGGUUCAGGACAGCCACACAAACCAAUGGACCACAGAGCUUCCCUCCAGUGUGGACAAGCAACUGCUCGGUCUCCAGGAGAGAGGUCCAGGUGAGAGCAAUGCGGAUACUGCUUGCCCAGUGGCUCUCGGGCCCUGCAUAACACCUGCCUCAUUUCAGGAGCCCGGAAGCCUCAGAGUUGGGGUCAGGGACCUCAUGCCUAGCUCUAGUUCCAGCCUUAGCCCCAACCCCAGUCCCAGUCUUAGUCCCAGUCCGAACCCCAGCCCUGUGCAGCCCCUGGAGGGGAGUUUUCACCCGGACAGCGCCUUCCCUGAGUGGAGAAUACUGGCUGCCUCCUGUCCUUCAUCCUCGGAGAAGGAGGGAGCAGAUCCCGCCUUCCUGAAGACGAAGGAGCCCCUGACUCCAGGGAGGACAGUGGAGCCCCAAGGGGAAGUCCAAGCAGAAACAGCUGGGAAGGCCCAGCAGGAUGUCAGCCCAGAAGCUCCCAGCACCGGAGUGCGUCUUCAAAGCACUGAGUCCCAAACAGAGCCCCAGGGAGAAGGGCAAGGCCCAGAGGCUGAAGACAAGGUUGCCAAUGGACUCAGCCCAGACCAAGUGUCUUGGAAACUGGCUUCUCGCCUCUACCAUCUGGAUGGCUUUCGCAAAUCUGAGGUGGCUGUGCACCUCCAGAAGAACAAUGACUUCAGCAGGGAGGUGGCUGAGAAGUACCUGUCCUUCUUCCAGUUUAAAGACAAGAGCUUGGACCAAGCCCUUCGGAGCUUCCUCCAGGCUCUGGUGUUGAGUGGGGAGACUCAGGAGCGAGAGAGAAUCCUGUAUCAAUUCUCCAAGCGUUUCCACCAAUGCAACCCUGGGGCCUUCCCAUCAGCAGAUGCUGUCCAUACCUUGACUUGUGCACUGAUGCUCCUCAACACAGAUUUACAUGGACAGAACAUUGGCAAGAGCAUGAGCUGCCAAGAAUUUAUAACCAACUUGAAUGGCUUGAGGGAUGGUGGGAACUUCCCCAAGGAGCAGCUGAAGACACUCUACUGGUCUAUCCGCAGUGAGAAGCUGGAGUGGGCAGUGGAUGAAGAGGAGGAGGUAGCCAUGAAAUCCAUGAAGCACAGGCCAUCUAUCUCAGGCAGCCAGAAGAGACGCAACACCCUAGUCCAAUUCAUCCAAGACCCUAAUGUACCCACUUACAAGCAAGGGGUCCUCGCUCGAAAGAUGCACGCUGAUGUCGAUGGGAAAAAGACUCCCUGGGGGAAGCGUGGCUGGAAGGUGUUCCACACCCUACUUCGAGGGAUGGUGCUCUACUUCCUGAAGGGAGAAGAAUCCUGUCCUGAAGACUGGCGCACAGAAGGCCCCAUGCCAGAGGAAGCGGUGGGGGUACAUCAUGCACUGGCUCUCCCGGCUGUCCAUUACACCAAGAAACCUCACGUCUUUCAGCUGCGCACCGCUGAUUGGCGCCUCUACCUCUUCCAUGCCCCGACUGCCAAGGAGAUGAGUUCUUGGAUCGCCCGGAUCAACCUGGCCGCAGCCACCCACUCUGCACCACCCUUUCCUGCCGCCGUGGGCUCUCAACGGAAAUUUGUCCGACCCAUCCUCCCCACUGGCCCAGCCCGAAGCUCCCUGGAGGAGCAACAUCGAUCCCAUGAGAGCUGUUUGGAUGCAGCCUCCGAUGACCUCAUCGAUCUACAGAGGAACCUGCCAGAGCGUAGGGGCCGCAGCCGGGACCUGGAGGAGUACAGGCUCCGGAAGGAGUACCUGGAGUACGAGAAAACCCGCUAUGAGACCUACGUCCAGGUGCUGGUGGCCCGGCUGCACUGCCCCUCCGAUGACUUGGAUCUGUGGGAGAGCCAGCUGGCACAGGAGGUAGAAGGUACCUGGAAGCCGGAGCCCAGCCUCAAGAAGUCCCAUUCCAGUCCCUCCUUGCACCAGGAAGAGGCCCCCACCACGGCCAAGGUAAAGAGGAACAUUUCGGAGAGAAGGACCUACCGCAAGAUCAUCCCCAAGAGAAACCGAAACCAACUGUGAAGGCCGGAGCUGCCCUCAGUGGCCCUGUGGCAGCUGGACAGGCCCCCUGCCUGGGGCGGCCCCAGGAAGCCAUGUCUCACAAUGGAGAAAAGCCGACGCUUUCAGUCCUGUCUGUGUCCAGGGCUGGAGGUCCUGACCCCACUUAUUCCUUUCAGGCAUUUCAGCCUUGGGCCACUGAUGGAGGCAGCACUGAAUUCCUCCCUUCCCAUCUGGUGGCUUUCUCUUGCCCAUCCUUCCUUCCAUCCCUCCCCUCUGCGCUGCUUCAUUGAAGUAACCGAAUUUCCCCCAGCCUUCAACCUCCAAGUCACACCCCCUCAACCUCCCAGGGGGGAGAGAAGUGAAAGUGUAGAUACAAACUCCAUUUCCUUCACCCACCAGAGCAGAGAAGUCAUGCUUGCUCGCUGGGGGCAGGGACAGAAGGCAGGGUGAGACAGGAUAGACCCGCCUGGGCUUGUCCCCCUGCCCUGAAAUGUGCCAACAUGUUAUCACCCCCCAUUUCUACAUCCCAGUUGGACUAGUCUUUAAAUUCAGCUCUGGCUCUGGGGUGCUAUAAACCUCUGAGGGGGUUAACCCUGUGCUCAUAUGUAUGUGUGAGAGCCCAAACGGAACCAGAGGUCCAGGGAAAAGGGGGGUACAGGUUCAGAGCUGGAGAAGCCAGGAUACCUGCUUAGAGAAGGCCCUGGGGAGGAGUUGGGGGGGUUCCUCAACUACUGACAGGUUCUAGCUUCUCCCCUAUCCUGGAGGAAGCUAGGAACCCCCAAGGCCUUGUAUCUGCAGGCUUACAGAGCUCUCUAGGUCAGCCUGGCAGAUAUGGAAGAGAAGAGAAAAGGUAUGGGCCUAGUCUCUCCCCUUCUCCCCCCCCCCAGCCUGGUGGGAGCCUGGGUCCAGCAGGUAUCCCAAGAUUGAGCCUGGCAGGGCAACAUUCUCCCCCCCCCCAAUUCUAACCUCUUCUCCUCCUCCCUGACCCUCCCCCCUCCCCAGCCCUGCCAUCUGGGAGAGGCCCCUGGCUUGAACACCCAUUCAGUGAUCAACCAAGCAGAGCCAAAAGUCUGGAGGUGGGGGCAGGAAGGGGGUGGAGGAAACUUCCGCUCCCCAGAGAAACUCCAGUGCUGAGGAUAGAGACCUAUAACUCUGGGAACAAGUGGCCUUUGUUUCUCUAGGAGCAGCACAGGGUGUCUCACUGUUGGAAUCCCUGAGAGUAGGUGGGGAGGGUAUGGAUGGGAUGGUGACUGCUAAAAGGGGCAGCAGAGAAUAGGACCUCUCUCCCAGCCCCCAGGUACCCCAGCACCCCAGUAUUCCUGCCCAUUCCCCCAAGCAGCAGAAGCACCCUCUGAGCAGCUGUCCAAUAGGGGUGAUGGCUUAGGUAGGGAAUGACAGGCUUGGGCAAUUCUCUUGGGACUAGUCAGCAUGCCAAGUAUCUUCUCAUCUUCCCCCAAAAAUGCUCUUUACUGCCCUGACCCCAGGUCCCACCCUCUGGAAAUCCAGGGAAAGGUGCCUUCUCCCCCUUUUUCUAGCAUAAGGCGCAGCAGCCCCGACCCGGCAAGCCCCCUUUCCUUAGGGAUGGAUUCCAGUUCCUGGUACCCCAGACAAGGUCCCCAGGGGAAUCCCCCAGAAAUGGCUCUGAGUCCCCAGAACCCUCCAUACCCUGGUUUAUUCUGGUCUUUUCCUGGCAAGGUGCAAAGACUACGUCAGCACACGUGGGAGGCCUAGGCUGAGGCUGAGGGACAAGGAGAGUGAAGGGAGCGGCCCCCAUUGUCUCUGCUCAGCCAAGUGAAGCAGCCAUGGGGAAGACUCGCCCUCCAACCCCCAUCCACUGGCUCUCCAGCCUUCCCCUCAGCCAUACUUGGGCCUCACUGCCUCUCCCGUUUUGUUCCUAUUCUCCACACCCUUGAGAGCCCAUGCUUCCAGAGGGCAGGGGUUGUGUCCUCUGAACUCCUCCUGGCUCCAGGGAGGAGCUAUGUCAUGCGCCCAAUGGGUGCUCAGUAAAUAGAAGUUAAUG